GGCGCUGAUUGGCUGAGAACCCGGCAGCAGCAGCGCGAGCUCCCGUCACAGUGACUCGAGUGACAAACAAAAAGUUAAAAACCCACAAAUAAACAACAGCAGAGAGGAAGAAACAACAACAACAACAUGGCGGCGCCGCGCAGCUCCGAGUAGCUCAAGCCGCUCAGGGAGCUCCUUCAGCGGGGAGCGGACACCAUGGAUCCCAGCGGAGGCUCGCAGCGGAGCGGCCGUCUCCAGGCUCCAGAAGGCGGCGGCGGGUCGCAGCCGUGGAGGAGACACAUCGUCCGGCAGCUGCAGCACCGAGACCGGAGGCAGCAGGCCAUGUUCCAGGACCUGAUCCGCUGCUACUCUCGGCUGUUGGAGAAAACCAGUCUGGCUCAAGGCCUCCUGAGCUGCUCCGUCAGGCCUCCCUCCGCUGACUCCCUGACGUCGCUGCUGCAGCAGAGCAGUCAGCUGAAGAAGACGACCGGAGAGCUGGCCUAUCAGGUGGUAGAGCUGCAGCAGCAGAUUAAAAUCAAAGAACGUGUUCUGGACCAACAACAUGCCAGGCUGCAGGAGGACAAGCGGCGGCGUGAGGGUGCGCUGGAUGAGCAGCGGGCGCUGCAGGAGCAGGUGGAGUGGGUACAGCAGCAGAACGGGGCGCUGAAGACAGACUACGAUGGCCUGCUGGAGCGCCAGAGGGGGGCGGAGUCACGACUCAGGGAGGAGAAGGUCCGAGGAGGACACCUGCUGGAGGACAUGAUCCACCUGAAGCAGCAGGCCGCCGCCCGCAUGAACAGCCGCAACGAGCGCAGGUCCAGGUGUGUGCUUUGUCACGGAGUGGUUUUCUCGUCUGGUUUCUGCUCCAGAGCUCGAGAGGCGAACCUCCAGAAGCAGCUUCAGACGGCGGCCAGGUCAAAGGUCACGUUGGACAGCUCGUCCAAUGCUCCCACCUCCAGAUCAACGUCUCCAAAGAACGACGACCUGGACGAGUCGAUGGAACCACGAAGAACUCGACUGUUCAGGUCGGCGUCGGCGACGUCUCCAAGGAUCUUCACCUCCAUCAGAGAGAUGUUUGGCAGGAAGAGGCGUGGCCACUCGGUCUGCAGUCUGGAGGAGGAUCUGGUGUUUCCGGUUGGAUUCUGUCUGUCGGCCAGAGUUCCAGUCAGAGCGCUGCAGGUUCUGGAGGCCCAUGAGCAGGGUAUCAACGCCGUCAGAUUCAGCUCCAGCUCCGACCUUCUGGCCACCGGAGGAACCGACCGGGUCCUGAAGCUGUGGGAGGUCCGAGCAGGCUCACUGGCUCCCAGGGCGACACUGGACGGCAGCACCGAGGGCAUCACCUGCGUGGAGUUCGACCCGGCGGGCUUCAGGGUCCUCGCCGCCUCCUACGACAAGUCAGCCAUCUUGUGGCGCCUGGACGACUCCGUCCCCAAGGUGACUCUGACGGGUCACAGCAGGAAGGUGACGGCCGCCAGGUUCAGCAGCGUCCUCCAUCAGGUGGCGACAGGAAGCGCCGACCGCACCGUCCGCCUCUGGGACCUGCACCGGGCCGCAUGUGUUCAGUUAGUUGACGUGGCGUCAUUUUGCAGUGACUUGGUGUGUUCAGAGAACUGCAUCAUCAGUGGACACUACGACUGCAAGAUCAGAGUCUGGGACACCAGGGCUUCCAGCUGCGUUCAGGAACUUCCUGCUCAGGGUCGAGUCACCUCAUUGGACCUCAGCUCCGACCAUCGCCAGCUGCUCAGCUGUUGCCGUGACGACUGUCUCCAGCUGAUCGACCUGAGGAGGUGGAGCCACAACAGGAUGUGCUUCAGAUCUGAGGGCUUUAAAUGUGGCAGUGACAGCACCAAAGCAGUGAUCAGUCCAGACAGCUGCUACCUGGCAGCCGGGUCAGCAGAUGGCGCCGUUUACAUCUGGAACGUCUCAACCGGCAACCUGGAGACCCGCCUACCGGACAAACACAGUUCUUCCAUCAGCGCCGUGUCCUGGUCUCUGUCCGGCGAAUACGUCGUCAGCGUGGACAAGAGUAGGCGGGCCGUCCUCUGGAGCGACAUCUGAGAUGACCAAUUGGGAGAGGAGGCCUCGUCGUCACGGCAACAGCACGACUGGACUUCACAAGAACAACCUGAGCUGAGAGCUGUUGACAGGACUUUCAGGAAGCUGCUGCUGGUUUCUGGGAUUUAAGUGAAACUUCCUGCUUCUUUUUCUGCUUUUAACGAGGAACAUUAACACGGAAUUAACGAAGGGAACAUGGAGAGUUUACACAUGAGGGAAGGGAACGAAGGGAACCCUGCAAACAGAACAUCUGGAGACCUUUAAACUUCAUUAGGAGACCAAAGAUCUGGAAAAUGAAUUUAUAAAACAACAUAAAGCAUUAAAAAAUUUAAAUGUAAUAAAUCUAAAAUCAUGAAAUAUGAACGGCACUGAACAUGUCUGAGAUAAAAGCUUCUGAUUGGACGACGGUAGAGCAACUUCCUCUGGUUCCACUGUAGAUCCAAACAUGAACUCAGACACUAGAACCAACAGUUACUGGACCUAACUCUGGUUCUGUGGAGGAAACAGAACCAGGGAGGUUUUUUCUGUUAGAACAUCUGGAGAACUUUAUGGUGCUGAUGAUGAAAUUGGAGGAGGAGAAGCUGCUGGACGAGAACAUCGAGAAGAAAACGCAUUUGACCAAUCAGCAUCCAGAUUCUCAGCAGCACCUGAAGGAGGAACUUCAGACUGCCGUUUUACAGAGAUGGGUCGUGGAACACGUUCUACAGAUGUGGUUCCUGUCGUAAAGGUUCUACAGAUGUGGUUCCUGUCAUAAAGGUUCUACAGAUGUGGUUCCUGUCAUAAAGGUUUGACAGAUGUGGUUCCUGUCAUAAAGGUUCUACAGAUGUGGUUCCUGUCAUAAAGGUUCUACAGAUGUGGUUCCUGUCAUAAAGGUUCGACAGAUGUGGUUCCUGUCAUAAAGGUUCGACAGAUGUGGUUCCUGUCAUAAAGGUUCUACAGAUGUGGUUCCUGUUUUAAAGGUUCUACAGAUGUGGUUCCUGUCAUAAAGGUUCUACAGAUGUGGUUCCUGUCGUAAAGGUUCUACAGAUGUGGUUCCUGUUAUAAAUGUUGUAAAGGUUCUACAGACGCGGUUCCUGUUUUAAAGGUUCUACAGUUGUGGUUCCUGUUAUGGAACCAAGACGAGUUCUCUUUAGAUUAAACCGAAAACUAGGACAUGAGCUUCAUCAGGAGAAACCAGAGAAACACUGACUGAGAACAUUACCUGAGUUAGAUGAGUUAGAUGUCCUCCAUGUCUUCAGGACCAGAGGUCAGCAGAUGAGCUCCUCCAGGAUGAACUAAUCCAGGAUGAGCUCUUCUGUGUGGACUAACCUGGUUCCUCAGCUAAUAGAGAGUGGCAAUCAUUCCUGCAGAGGUUCCGGUUCCUCACUGUUCUGUGUUCUGAGGUUAAGGGACCAUUUUUUAUUUUAACUUAAAGCCAAAUUCUGGUUUCUUGAUGCUGUUUUGUUGUGUUUCGUGUUUAGAACUCAGUCUUCAGGUCACAGUAGCCUCCAUUAGAAACAACCGGACUUCUGCUUGGUUCUUAAAGAUGUGGAACCCACAGAAACACUGAUGAGGACCUGAGAACACAGCCGUUCAUCCCUCAUCAGGCACUUUAAACGUUCCUCCCCAGGCAGGCACACAAAACAACACAAAACCAACACAAACACACACAGAGACACAAAACAACCACAAAGAUGCACAAAUCCAACACAGAACCAGCGCAAAGAGACAUAAAACAACACAAAACCAACACAGAGACACAAAACAACCACAAAGACACACAAAUCCAACACAAAACCAGCACAAAGAGACAUAAAACAACACAGACACAAAACAACCACAGAAUAAAUCUGUGGAUGUUCUCAGUCAGUUGCUUGACAACUCUCUGUCUGAGAGGACCAACCUCUCCCCCGAACAGGUGUGUGACCUCCUUAACCUUUGCCUCAGCACCACUUAUUUCCAGUACAACAAUGGUUUCUACAGGCAAAAACACGGCUGUGCCAUGGGAUCCCCUGUAUCCCCCAUUGUAGCUAACCUGUACAUGGAAGAAAUGGAGAUUGUGGCACUGAGAACAUUCAGUGGCCACUCCCCGAGGCACUGGUUCAGAUAUGUGGAUGACACAUGGGUCACCAUCAGGAAGGGUGAGGUCGAACCUUUCACAGAACACCUCAACUCGGUGGAUAAAAACAUCAAGUUCACAAGAGAGGAUGUCCAAGACAACUGUCUGGCAUUUCUAGAUUGCGUGGUACGCAUUGAAACCAAUGGGGAACUCAACAUUGAGGUCUACAGAAAACCCACUCACACAGACCAGUACCUCCUGUUUGAUUCACACCACCCACUAGAACACAAGUUGGGGGUGAUCCGUACCUUAAAGCACAGAGCACAGAACAUCCCAUCAGAAGCGGAUGGAAAAAGAAGGGAACACAAACAUAUUCACUCUGCUCUUCAAACUUGUGGCUAUCCAAACUGGGCUUUUAUCAAAACAGCAAAAAAGCACAGGGAGGAUAAGAAAGACGAGGACCACAAAAAGAGAAACAACAUUGUCAUCCCCUAUGUGGCAGGAAUUUCAGAGAAACUCAGGAGGAUCUUUAACACCCACCAGAUCCCAGUACACUUCAAGCCCAGCAACACUCUGAGGCAAAAGCUGGUCCAUCCCAAGGACAAAAUUCCAAGGGAGAAACAGAGCAAUGUGGUGUACGCAGUGCAGUGCAAUGAGGAAUGCUCUGACCUGUACAUUGGAGAGACUAAGCAGCCAUUACACAAGCGCAUGGCACAACACAGGAGGGCCACGACCACAGGCCAGGACUCAGCAGUCCACCUCCACCUCAAGGAGAAGGGGCACUCCUUUGAUGACCACAAGGUGCGCAUUCUAGCCAGAGAGGACAGAUGGUUUGAGAGAGGGGUAAAAGAAGCCAUUCAUGUCAAACUAGAACGGCCAUCUUUGAACAGAGGAGGGGGCCUCAGACACCACUUGUCUCCCACUUACAACGCCGUUCUUAGAGCCCUCCCAAGGAGGUGCAGCCAUCUGUCCCACUUGCAGUCAGGUGACCCCCAACCACCCUCCUAGAGGGCUGGGAGGGGUAACGACCGCCCAUCAAAGGCUAACGACUCACAUUAACACCUAACGAGUCUGUUGGUUUCGGGUCUUUGUCCACUUGUUUUUGCCACCACCCUCCUGGUGGAUAAAUAUCUGGUACUCCCCACCAGGCUUUCAGAACUGAAGAAGCCUCUUGGAUGAGAGGUGAAACGUUUUCGACUCACACGAGGUUAGUCCAGUUGCCAUAACUUAUGCUUGCUUGAGACUAACCACAGAAUAACACAAAACAACCACAAAAUAACACAAAAACACUACAGAGACACACAAAACAGCAAAAAACCAACACAAAUACAUGCAAAACCACAAAAUUACACAAAAACACCACAGAGACACACAAUAACAAAAUCAACACAAAGAGACAUAAAACAACACAAAACCAACACAAAUACACACAAAGAAACAAAAACACCACAAAGACACAGAAAACCAACGCAACAAAACCAACACAACACAAAACCAACACAGACACACACAAAGAGACAUAACACAAAACCAACACAAAGACACAAAACCAGCACCAAAAUAACACAAAUCCAACAAAAAGACACACAAAACCAACACAGACACACAAAACCAGCACCAAAUAACACAAAACCAACACAAAAUAACACUAAAUCAGCACAAAGACAUAGGCAGUUUUUCUAGCAUUAGCACAGUUAGCUUCCUGAGUGAAGGUGGACCAACGAGAACCAAUCAGAAGUCCAGGUUCUGAAGAUCUGAGGACUGUUUUCUGUUUCUAUUUAUUUGCUGAGAUGUUGUUGCUCAGACCUUCGGUGGAUUCGAAAAGAGAAUUUUAGUGUAACUGAUGACACAAACUGCUGCUUUUUAAUGAAGUUAUCUUUCAUUCUUGUGACUCAGAUGUUUUCAGAUGUUCUGCAUUAAUCAGCUGUUUGGUCUGAAAUGUUCCUCAGAGGUUCCUCAGAGGUUCCUCAGAUGUCUGGUUCAGUCCAGAGAUGUUCGGGUUUCUGUCCCAGAGUAAAUGAAGCAGGCAGUGAUGGGUGAAGGUUUGGAGAUCAGCGCCCCCUGCUGGAAACACUCUGUUCUAACUGUAUUCACUAAUCCCACUGUUCGCUGAAUGUUGGAGCUUCAUCACAGGAAUACUGAGAUUACUGGAAUAACCGUUUUACUGCAACGUCUCGGAAACAGAGAAAAUAAUCAAAUAAAGCUGUCAGUGGAACUCA